AAACCCUAAUGAACGUUCCUCGUGUGGCGCUGUGGGGAGCCGUUUGAAUACUCGCUGUCUUUUAAUUACUCUUGAGUGUAAAAUGGGAGAGAGUGAGAGAGUGAGAAAAUAAAGAUAGAAGAAAAAGAAUUAACAAUAAAAGAGAGAGAGAGAAAGAGAGAUACAGAAAAGAGACAAAAGUGAGAAAAAAUAAAGUGAGAGAGAAAGAAAGUGAGAGAAGAAAAAGAAAACAAGAAAAUAAUAAAGAAAAGAAAGAAAGAAAGAAAAAAGAAAGAAAAUAAUAUAAACAAAAACAACAACAAAAAUAAGUGGAGUGAACAGCUGAUUCCCUCUUCCACCUCCUCCUCCUCUUCUUCCACCUCCUCUUCUACUCCUCUUCCACCCCUCUUCCACCCUCUUCCACAUCCUCUUCCACUUCUAUUCUUCCUCCUUUUCUUCCUCCUCUUCCACCUCCUCUUCCAGUCCUCUUCCUCCCAUCUUCCUCCUCCUUCACCUCCUUUUCCUCCUCCUAUUCCACCUCCUCUUCCAUCUCUUCCACCUCUAUUCCUCCUCUUCCACCUCCUCUUCCUUCUCUUCCACUUCUCUUCCACUCCUCUUCCUCCUCUUCCACUCCUGUUCCCCCCUCUUCCACUUCCUCUUUCUCUUCUUUUCCACCUCCCUCGGAAUGAACGAAAGUGGAGUGCUAAGUGGAAUCGAGACAAAAUUGUCAACUCCACCCACGACAAAUUUCUCACACGGCCACAUGAACACGAGUGGAGUGAUAGGUGGAGUGGGGAAGAGUCUAGCAACUCCACCCGGGACGAACUUACUGACUGGACACAUGAACAUAAGUGGAGGAGGCGGAAUUGUAAGUGGAGCGGAGAGUAAUUUCGUGACUCCACUUGUGAAAAACCUCCUUAACCUGACACUUGGAUUUCUGGACGAGGAGGAAGAAGAUGGAUUUAGAGGAACAGGAAGAGGAGGAGGAGGAGGAGAGUUUGACAGCUACUGGGACGAGAAUCUGAACUCCUCCUCCUCCUCCUCCUCGUUCUUCCCCUCCUCCUCCUCCUCCUCCUCCUCCGCGAAUGAAAGUGAAUACGUUUGGGACGAGGAUGACCUGCUGUACCGACACUCCCUCCAGAUCGCUGCUCUCCUUUGUCUGAGUUACAUCAUCGUUUUCAUCCUCGGCCUCGUGGGAAACUGCUUCGUCAUCGCUGUCGUGUUCAGGACGCCACGUAUGAGAACACCAACAAACUACUUCAUCGUCAACUUGGCCAUGGCGGACGUGCUGGUGGUCGUCUUCUGCCUACCCGCGACACUGCUGUCAAAUAUCUAUUACCCUUGGAUGCUCGGCUGGCUCAUGUGCAAGUCCGUGGCAUACGUACAGGGCGUGUCCGUGUCCGCGUCCGUCAAUUCACUGGUGGCUGUGUCCUUAGAUCGGUUCCUCGCUAUCUGGUUCCCGAUGAAGUUGCAGAUUACGACGUACAGGGCGCGCGCAAUCAUCGUUUUAAUAUGGAUCAUGGCCGUGGUCUCGCCCAUCCCUUACUUCGUGUACUUUGAGACCAACGUGUUCAUCCCUGAGCUGCCCGAUUUGCUGGUCUGCGUGGAGAUGUGGCCGUCGCGGGAAGCAGAGUGGCUGUACUUCCUCAUCGCUCAUCUCCUCCUCUGCUACCUCCUUCCUCUCGUGCUCAUCUCCUUCUGCUACAUCAUGAUCUGGAUAAAGGUAGCGAGGCGGGACAUACCAGGCGACACAAGGGAUGCCGCCAUACAACAGAUGCAGCAGAGAUCGAAAGUGAAGGUCGUGAAGAUGCUGGUGGUUGUGGUGAUCAUCUUCAUGCUCUCCUGGUUGCCUCUCUACGUCAUCUUCGCUAGGAUCAAGCUGGGGGAGGAGUUGGGGGAGCGAGAGGGGGCCAUCCUUGCCAUCGUAACCCCCAUGGCACAAUGGCUCGGGUCUUCAAACUCCUGCAUCAACCCGAUCCUCUACGCCUUCUUCAACAAAAAGUAUCGGAAUGGCUUCUUGGCGAUCAUCAAAAGCCGGUCUUGCUGUGGGACUCUCCGCUUUGAUUCCUACUCUUACUCCACCACUAGAAGGUCCUACUACCCUUCAUAUAGGUCUACCAUACGCCCCGAAGCUGGUACCAUGGACUCAAUCUCACGGCACAAGAACACAGCGAGCAAUGUGUACACUCUGGAAGGCCGCGCGCAGCCUCGAACCCGCUACCAUCACCAUCACGUCCCCGCCAGGCCAAGGUUAGCGAAUGGUCUAGCCCCCGCACUGCACCUAGCGGACAACUUCACUACCAAUACCGACCUUGACCAGAAGUGUAGUGGUGGCGCGGCGUCCUCCACUCUGCUAGCUGGUAUCGAAGUGGUGGAUGUUGAUACCCAGGAAAUGUGCUUUGAGGAGGGUGAACAAGUUUAUCCGAAUGGGAAGUUGGAUGUUGUGGAUUAGUUUGUGUGUGUGUGUGUGUGUGUGUGUGUGUGUGUGUGUGUG